AACUGAAAUCAGCGCCUCCGUCCCGUCGAUCCCACGGUCAUCGUUCCCGUGACGCCCUCAUACUUUUUGUUCUUUACCCCCAAAGCGCAAGGGACCCUUUUUGCUUCCGCCCCUCUCCUUCUUCCCCCUCCUCGUCUCCGCCGCCUCGCCAUCGAUCGACCGCCUCCGGUCUCGAUGGGCCUCCUGUCGAACAGGAUUGGAAAGGAGAGCCUGAAGGCUGGGGAUCACAUCUACUCAUGGAGGGCCGCGUGGGUCUACGCGCAUCAUGGAAUAUAUGUGGGUGAUGACAAGGUGAUCCAUUUUACCAGAGGAAGGGACCAAGAGGUCGGAACAGGAACAGUCAUCGAUUUUCUUCUUGUGAGUUCUGGUCCUAAUAGGAGUAGCACACCAUGCUUGGUGUGUAGCAGCAAUGAAGUCACCACCGCCACUGAGACUGGCGUGACAUCCUCUUGCCUCAGUUGUUUUCUAGCAGGGGGGGCUCUCUACCGUUUCGAGUAUGCUGUCAACCCAGCCCUUUUUCUUGCCAAAGCUCGGGGAGGGACGUGCACCCUUGCCGCAACUGAUGCCAAUGAGGUGGUUGUCCGCCGUGCCAACUACUUGUUGAGCAAUGGUUUCAGGUGCUACAGCCUGUUCAAGAACAACUGUGAGGACUUUGCGAUAUACUGCAAAACUGGCCUCCUUGUGGCCGAACAAGGUAGUGUUGGCCUUGGGCAAAGUGGUCAGGCUGUGUCUAUCAUCGGCGGGCCUCUUGCUGCUGUGGUUUCAACCCCGUUCCGCCUAGUAACUACGAAUGUCUAUGGAAUGGCAGUGAUGGCUGUCGGGGUGUACUGUGUGAGCCGGUAUGCAGCUGACAUUGGAAACCGUCGAGAUGUGCUGAAAGUAGAAGUGGAGGAUCUGACAGCUGGACUUGCAAGCGGCCGGAUUCGUGCGGCAAACGUCAGUCAGCUGGUAACUCCGGGACAAGUCCAAGUUCCUGCUGUGACCACACUCGUUGCUGCUUAGGGUGCUGUAGCACUGUUGUAAAAUCUGGAGAUUUAUAUAUCAGUCUGGGCCUACUUCUCUACCGCUAUAUGUAUUAUUUACCACCGAAAUCGUUGUUCAAACUCUGAAACUGUGUCAAAGAGUUAAGUUUUCAUUCAGCAAUGGUUGCAUGUAGAGUGUUGUAUCAAGUAUCAACUACUAUCGUGUAUUUGGCUUGUCCAGUGUUGUAUGAAGAUUGAAAAGUGACGUGUGGCUUGCUCGAAUUUAAACCAAGAUUUUGUCUCC